GGCGCGGGCGGCGCGUGCGCGCUGGGUGCCCCAUUCUUCCCGUGGUCAGCGGGGCGCGCGCGGCCAUGGAGCGGAGCGGGCGCCGCCGCCGCCGGCACUGAGGGAGGGAGACGCGAGCGGGAGAGGCGAGCGCGUCCGCCCGGCCCCCGCCCCGCAGAAUGGACUGCUGAAUUGGGAUUUAUUGCAGACUCAACUGUACAGCGCUGCUCAUUGCUUCAUCUAUUACUAGUUAUUUAAAUUGGACUUUUAAUAUCCUGCCAGCUGCUGUCCACACACACAUGGUGCAUUGUUGCCAUUCUCAGAAUUGCAUCUUUGAAACCCAGGCCCUCAGUAACCUUCACAGAAGAAAGAGGCGACCUCCUGCGUACAUUUGUAGAGGGAGUUUUUGGCCCUGCUGCCCUCUGGCUUUCUGGCUGCUGCUGUAUUCCUGAGACACUAUGGAGCCCACUAUGGAGUACUGCUUAGCGCAGGUGCUGCAGAAGGAUGUUGGAAAAAGACUUCAGGUUGGCCAGGAAUUGAUAGAUUAUUUCUCAGAUAAACAGAAGUCAGCUGAUCUUGAACAUGAUCAGACUAUGCUGGAUAAAAUGGUUGAUGGACUGGCCACUUCUUGGGUAAAUUCCAGCAAUUACAAGGUGGUUCUCCUGGGGAUUGACAUCAUCUCUGCGCUGGUGUCCCGCUUGCAAGAUCGCUUCAAGGCCCAGAUUGGCACAGUGCUGCCAAGUUUACUUGAUAGGCUGGGAGAUUCUAAGGACUCAGUGAGGGAGCAAGAUCAGACCUUGCUGCUGAAAAUCAUGGAACAAGCUGCUAACCCUCAGUACGUGUGGGACAGGAUGCUAGGAGGAUUCAAACACAAGAAUUUUCGGACAAGGGAAGGGAUUUGCCUCUGCCUUAUUGCAACACUCAAUGCAUCUGGAGCUCAGAGUUUAACACUGAGUAAGAUAGUGCCACAUAUAUGUAACUUACUUGGAGAUCCAAACAGCCAGGUUCGAGAUGCAGCAAUAAACAGCCUUGUGGAAAUUUACAGACAUGUUGGUGAACGUGUAAGGGCUGAUCUCAGUAAAAAAGGAUUACCCCAGUCUCGGUUGAAUGUAAUUUUUACAAAAUUCGACGAGGUCCAAAAAUCUGGAAACAUGGUCCAGACUUCAGUUGAUAAAAUUUUUGAUGAUGAAGACUCCGUGGAUGGGAACAGACCUUCCUCAGCCAGCUCCUCUACAUCUUCAAAGGCCCCUGCAAACUCGCGCAGAGUCGGGAUGGGCACUACCCGCAGGCUUGGCUCUGCACCCCUGGGCUCCAAGUCUUCAACAGCCAAAGAGGGAGCAGGUGCUGUGGAUGAAGAAGACUUCAUUAAGGCAUUUGAAGAUGUCCCAACAGUCCAGAUUUAUUCCAGCCGGGAUCUUGAGGAAUCCAUAAACAAGAUCAGAGAGAUACUAUCAGAUGAUAAACAUGACUGGGAACAGAGAGUUUCUGCGUUGAAAAAGAUCCGCUCCUUACUUUUGGCUGGAGCUGCAGAAUAUGAUAACUUCUUCCAACACUUAAGACUUUUGGAUGGAGCUUUUAAAUUAUCUGCUAAAGACCUGCGGUCUCAAGUUGUACGAGAGGCUUGUAUCACCUUGGGACAUUUGUCAUCAGUUCUGGGAAACAAGUUUGACCAUGGGGCAGAAGCCAUCAUGCCAACAAUUUUUAAUCUAAUUCCAAAUAGUGCCAAAGUCAUGGCCACUUCUGGUGUUGUAGCAGUUAGAUUAAUCAUUCGACACACGCACAUCCCUCGGUUAAUACCCAUCAUAACCAGUAAUUGUACCUCCAAGUCUGUUGCAGUUAGAAGGCGCUGCUUUGAAUUUUUAGACUUGCUGUUGCAGGAGUGGCAAACACACUCCUUAGAAAGACACAUAUCAGUGUUGGCUGAAACAAUAAAGAAGGGAAUUCAUGAUGCAGACUCUGAAGCCAGGAUAGAGGCAAGAAAGUGCUACUGGGGUUUCCACAGUCACUUCAGCCGAGAGGCAGAGCAUUUGUACCAUACCUUGGAGUCUUCCUACCAGAAGGCCCUGCAGUCCCACUUGAAGAACUCUGACAGCAUCGUGUCCCUGCCACAGUCGGAUCGCUCCUCCUCCAGCUCCCAGGAGAGUCUCAACCGUCCACUGUCUGCCAAAAGAAGUCCUACUGGAAGUACAACAUCCAGAGCAUCUACAGUAAGUACAAAAUCUGUGUCAACACCAGGAUCUCUGCAGCGAUCCCGCAGUGACGUCGAUGUGAAUGCAGCAGCUAGUGCCAAGUCAAAAGUGACGUCUUCUGGAGCAUCCACCCCCUUCAGUUCUGCUGCAGCCUUGCCCCCAGGGUCAUACGCAUCACUAGGCCGGAUUCGCACCAGGAGGCAGAGCUCUGGCAGUGCCACCAGUGUCACCUCCACGCCUGCCGAUACCCGAGGCCGCAGCCGGGCUAAAGUGGUUUCCCAGUCCCAACGAUCCAGAUCAGCUAAUCCUGCUGGUGCUGGCAGCCGGUCUAGUUCUCCGGGUAAGCUCUUAGGAAGCUCCUAUGGUGGCCUGAGCAGCGGAACAUCCAGAGUCCAGCCAGUGCCAUCCUCCUCAGAGAAGCGCAGCAAGAUUCCUCGGAGCCAGGGAUGCAGUCGGGAGACGAGUCCCAACAGAAUAGGCCUAGCACGGAGCAGUCGCAUCCCCCGACCCAGCAUGAGUCAGGGGUGCAGUCGUGAUACCAGCCGUGAGAGCAGUCGAGAUACAAGCCCUGCUCGGGGCUUCCCUCCACUUGCUUCUCGACGUCAUUCCAGGUCCACUAGUGCUCUCUCCACUGCUGAUUCUGUUGGGCAGUCAGACCGGUUUGGGCUCGGACAGCCAGGCAGGAUGCCUGCUUCUGUGAAUGCCAUGCGAGUCCUGAGCACCAGCACGGAUCUGGAGGCUGCUGUGGCCGAUGCACUGAAAAAGCCGGUGAGAAGGAGGUAUGAGCCCUACGGGAUGUACUCCGAUGACGAUGCCAACAGCGACGCUUCCAGCGCUUGCUCGGAGCGCUCCUACGGCUCCAGGAACGGGGGCAUUCCGCACUACCUGCGCCAGACUGAAGAUGUGGCUGAGGUCCUGAACCACUGCGCCAGCUCCAACUGGUCUGAAAGGAAAGAAGGGCUCAUAGGUCUUCAGAAUUUGCUGAAAAGCCAACGGACACUGAGCCGAGUCGAGUUAAAAAGGCUGUGUGAAAUAUUUACUCGCAUGUUUGCUGACCCUCACAGCAAGAGAGUCUUCAGUAUGUUUCUGGAAACCCUGGUUGAUUUCAUCAUCAUUCAUAAAGACGACUUGCAGGAUUGGCUUUUUGUUCUCCUGACCCAGUUGCUAAAGAAAAUGGGAGCAGAUUUGUUGGGGUCUGUGCAGGCAAAAGUUCAAAAAGCUCUGGAUGUCACCAGGGAUUCUUUUCCAUUUGAUCAGCAAUUUAACAUUUUGAUGAGGUUUAUUGUAGAUCAGACCCAGACACCAAACCUGAAGGUCAAAGUUGCUAUCCUGAAGUAUAUUGAGUCCUUGGCAAGACAGAUGGAUCCAACAGACUUUGUGAAUUCCAGUGAGACAAGACUUGCUGUAUCUAGAAUUAUAACUUGGACUACAGAACCAAAGAGCUCAGAUGUGAGAAAGGCAGCACAAAUAGUCCUGAUUUCUCUCUUUGAACUGAACACCCCUGAGUUUACCAUGUUACUUGGUGCCUUGCCAAAAACAUUCCAGGAUGGUGCUACCAAGCUCCUGCACAACCACCUCAAGAACUCCAGUAACACCAGUGUGGGCUCCCCCAGCAAUACCCUUGGUCGGACUCCUUCCCGGCACUCCAGCAGCAGAACCAGCCCCUUAACUUCACCUACCAACUGCUCCCAUGGUGGACUGUCUCCAAGUCGGCUCUGGGGUUGGAGUGCAGAUGGGCUGUCGAAGCACCCCCCUCCCCUUUCUCAGCCUAACUCCAUCCCCACUGCUCCUUCCCACAAGACUUUCAGACGCUCUUACUCUCCCAGUAUGCUGGAUUAUGACACGGAGAACCUAAACUCUGAUGAAAUCUACAGCUCUCUUCGUGGAGUCACAGAAGCAAUUGAGAAAUUUAGUUUCCGUAGUCAAGAGGACCUGAAUGAGCCAAUCAAACGUGAUGGAAAGAAGGACUGUGACAUUGUGUCUCGGGAUGGUGGCCUUGCUCUCCCUAGUGGCGAUGUCCGUGGAGGCAGUGACAUGGUGGAGGGCGGAAGGAUGGCUCUGGAUAACAAAACCUCCCUGCUGAACACGCAGCCUCCCCGCGCCUUCUCAGGGCCGCGCGCUCGGGAGUACAACCCCUAUCCUUACGCUGACACCAUCAACACGUACGACAAGACGGCCCUGAAGGAAGCAGUGUUCGACGAUGACAUGGAUCAGCUUCGGGAUGUACCCAUUGACCAUUCGGAUUUGGUGGCUGAUCUUCUGAAGGAGCUCUCCAACCACAACGAGCGGGUGGAGGAGCGGAAAGCAGCUCUCCUGGAAUUGCUAAAGAUCACAAGAGAAGAUAAUCUUGGAGUUUGGGAGGAGCAUUUCAAAACCAUUCUGCUCUUGCUGCUGGAAACACUUGGAGACAAAGAUCAUUCAAUCAGAGCCCUGGCGCUGCGAGUCCUGCGGGAGAUCCUGCGGAACCAGCCGGCGAGGUUUAAGAACUAUGCGGAGUUGACUAUCAUGAAAACACUGGAAGCACAUAAGGAUUCCCACAAGGAGGUCGUCAGAGCUGCUGAAGAAGCUGCUUCCACCCUGGCGAGUUCCAUCCACCCUGAGCAGUGCAUCAAGGUGCUUUGCCCCAUCAUUCAGACUGCAGAUUAUCCAAUUAAUUUAGCUGCCAUCAAAAUGCAAACGAAAGUCAUCGAGAGGAUUUCCAAGGAAUCGUUGCAUCAGCUCCUACCUGAUAUCAUUCCUGGGUUGUUACAGGGUUAUGAUAACACGGAGAGCAGUGUCAGAAAAGCCAGUGUAUUUUGCUUAGUGGCUAUUUAUUCAGUAAUUGGAGAAGAACUGAAACCUCAUCUCGCACAACUCACAGGAAGCAAGAUGAAGCUACUAAACUUGUAUAUAAAGAGGGCACAGACCACCAACAGCAACAGCAGCUCCUCUUCAGAUGUUUCAACGCACAGUUAAUGGAGAUCUGUGGACAUAUGUGUAGACUUAGCAGCAAUCAACGGUGCCUCUCAGAGACCUUUCUGCUACUCUUCACUGGCGUGCUCCAUCAGCUUAAGGAGGCCAUGCAGAUAUUUAUUGCAAUCAGUAUUUUAGUCCCUUAAAAGCUUUUAUGUAGAAUCUUACUGGUAUUGAAUGUAAAGGAAGCAAGGUCUGUGUCGCAGUCUUCAUUAAAGUGAACAUCAGAAAGCCAUACUUAAACAUAUUUGUAUAGCCUGCUGAAAUCUCAGAAAUAUGUUUAGGUUAGCAUUCUAACACUGAGUCCAAGAACCUGGACACAAGUAAAAGUCAAACAAAUCGUGUUGGUUUAGUUCAUACCCAGUUUUGGUUUCUGUGUGCUAGUUACCUGCUCUCUCCCCUCACCCAUUCUGGCUGGGUCCUUCUCUUCUUUCAAGUCUUGUGUUCCUGUUCUGUACUCCCUGUUGCAGCUUGCCUGACUUGCAGGGCCCUCCAUGGGGAGAUCUUUGCAGGUGUAGCUGUGAUUCCAGCCUCAGAUGCUUUAAUACUGAGAGAUACCAAGUGAGUAAUGAAAGUAGGUUCUUUUUAAACAUCUGAGUUUUGUACAUAGUUCUGACAGGCCCCGGAUGGGCUGAUCUCUCUGUAACUGCUAUCCAGCCAGAUGUGCUGUGCAUAACAGCUGGGCUCUUGCUCUUUUCAUUGACUUUGUAAAUACUUCUCCCCUCUCAACCCAUUUGGCUCUUUAAUAUGUUCAAAAGACUCCCCAGGUUACCUGUUACUCCCCAAAGGGAACCUGAGACCCAGUUCUGGGACCGACCUCUGCAAUAGGAUAGUGGAGUUAGGUGGGGGGGAUUGGGUUAGGCUCUGUGUCAGUGGGUGGGCAGUGGGAGCUGGCAGAGCUGUGCUUCAGUGCCAGCUGUUUUCUUUGAAAUCUGUAGCAUCAAAGGGCUGAUCUGCUGCUCUGACUGACCCACUGAUGCUGGAUGGCUUUGUCCCCACAGCUCCUUUGCACUUUGGGCAAAAUGUUCAUCCCAGAGGACAGAAAGGGUGUCUGAAUCUGAACAGAAAUACCACAUGGAAGCACCUCUGAGCCAGCUGGGACAGUGCUGGUUGCCUGCCACAGCCCCUCCUGUUCCUGAAGAGCCUGCAGUGCUGUUAACUGCCCUUAGAAGCCUCCUUUGUGCCAUGUCCAUGCACAGGCUUGCUGAGUGCUCUGCAUUUCAGAAGAGUGGGGGUCCCUCACCGGGCACUGCUGACAGCAGGGUGCUCUGGGUGAGGUGUUUGCAGCCUAAUGACACAGACCAGGUCAGAGGCAAACCAGCAGCCAUCAAAUACCCACAGCACUGCCCCUCCCUGAACACAGACCCUUCUGUUUGCAGAGGGGGAGCUCCCCCUGGCUCUGCCUGUAACCAGGGAAGGCAGGAGGUUGCUAAUUAACGUGCUGUGUUUGGCCCUGGGCUGGAUCCUGGCUGAUGGGCAUGCCCACCCCAAACCUGCCAUGGAUCACAGCUGGGGUUUUGCCUCCAGUGCCAGUGAUGCAAGAGGAUGAUGGACUUGCAGCUUAUGGCUCAGCUGUGGUGAUGGAUGUGUGUUCCCUGGCUGCUCUCAGUGCCCUGGAGUCUCUCCAUCUUCAUCUCCCCUUUAGGGAGCUGAAGGGACACUUUGGGAACAUACUGAGAACAUGAGACUCCAUUGCUGCAGCAGGGCAGGGUACAGCCCCUUCCAUCAAUUAUCCCUCUGUGUUUCAACCCCAUCCCUGAGGAGUUAAGUGGGAGCUGACACUUGGUGCCAGCUUUUCUCCCAGUUCUCUUCUCAGGAGGGGUUGGGGCUGGUGGGGCUGUGUCACUGGGCUGCAGAGCUUGUUGGUCCCUUUCCCUGCUCACCUGAGAGCAGGGGAGUGGCCUGCUCCUGGUACACAUGUGCAGGUUUUGCUGGCUGCAGGGCUAAUUCCCUCAUCUUUCCCAACCAGCAAUGCUAUGGCAGGAAAAACCAUGUGCUUUCCUGGGGUGGGGGAUUCCCCCAGGGUCUUUCUGCAGGCUCAGAAAAGCCAUCCUCACUGAAGGGGGGGAUUGGUUGCUCUGUGGUUCGUGUCUGCCUUUCCAUGGACCAUUUCUUUUCCACAUCUUUCUGUAUGCUUGUUAGAGUGCUCUUUUUAAAUUUUUUUGAAUGCGUCAAAUUUGAUUUUAACACAAAUUUAUUUUUCCUUUUGAGGAAAUACUCAGUUGACUUGUUGGCAGCAGUUAAGCUGUCUUGUUUGAAUUUUUAGUAGUGGGCUAGGUUUUUUGGGGGGGUGUUGGUUUUUUGUUUUGGGUUUUUUUUUUUUAAUUGUGCUCUUAACUGCUUAGUAUUUAUGCCUCUCUUUCUCCCCAUCUCAGCUCAGCAUCUUCUGUUCCAGCUCUGGGCUUCAGAAGGUCAGCAUAGCUGACCAGGUGGUGUUAGUCCCUCCCAGCUGUGAUGGAGCUUGGUCUAUCAUCAUUUGCUGAUUGUUGGUUUUGAUUUUUUUCCUUUCCAUUGAAUGGCACACUGUAGCAAAUCUCCAGGAAUGGAAUUCCUUCUGAAAUGAUUUGACCUGCUUUAUGAAACGCUGUUGGUAUGCACUGAGAGUGAAGGCGCUGUGCCGUCCCUGGCGCCACAGUCGGGUCCAGGCUGGCCCUUGAGAAGGUGCCCAGGCCAGGCUGUGCUUCCCGAGGCACCACAGGGGCUGCAGGGGGAACCAGGCCUUACUUCCUGACCCAGAUUCAGUUCUCUUUGUCAACAGAUGCUCAUCAAUGUGCUACUUGAUUCCACGGCGUGGGUCGAGGACUGUCCAUCCUUUGAGUACUCCAGGGCGUGUUCUCCCUGUACACAGCAGGAGCAUUCUGCUUGGGUAUUUAUAAAUCAUCACUGACAAUGUACAUAGUAGGGGUCUUUAGAACGUUGAACGUGACCCAGUUUUUAUUUUGUGUUUCCUUUGAAGUACUCAAAGGGCUAGCUCUGAAUGUCACCUCUCUGAUCUCCAGUUUUGACUUCAACAAGCUGUACAAUCAUCUUGUUUUCUCUUCAGCAAGCAUAAAGGUCUCUCUGGCUACAAAUCACAGUGUCCACGCACGCUUGCAGAGGAAGGUCUGCAUGCUGCAGUGCCUCACUGCUCCGGUGAAGCUUGUGCUCACCUUCUCCUGGCAGUAGCCACCUACUGCAGCUGCCUUUUUUUUUUUCUUGCUGCCCAUUAUGCAGGGCUUCAAUUUUUCGUACCUUUAAAAAAAAAGGAAAAAUAAAAAAAGGAAAAAAAAAAAGUGUAUUUUCUUUGCCCACCAUGCUUUAAAAAUCUGAAUGGGAGAAAACUCUCAGCAGACAGCAGCUCUUGGCUGCAAGGUUGCCGAAAUCUCAGAUGUGGAUGUUUUUUCUGCCAUUGGCUGCACCAGUGCUCCGUGGGCAUGGGCAAAUCCCGGCUCCAUCUGCCCCACAGGUCUACGUACUGUAGUUCUCAUAUAGUUCAGAAAUACCGAGGCAUGUGGCUUUCUUAAGGUACACUAUGUGUGCUUGCCUGGAUUACAAUACAAUACAAGACUGUCUUUUUAAUUGCUUAUUACUAGCUUACCAAUAACCUGUAUAAGUAAUGUAACUUGCAUCUUUGUCAUCAGAACCUUUUCUCCCCACCCCUUUAUUUAUCAAGCAUAAUAUUACAUAUUAAGGGACAGAAAAAUAGACCUUUGUAGUACACAGCAGGACGUUGCUAACAAUGUUUUAAAUGGGAAGUAAAAAAUGCUCUGAAAAAUGCCAGCCAUGAGAAAUGACUUUGUUGGCACCGUGUUCAUGCGCAUGUAUUUUUUUCUAUUUUUUCCGCUUUUGUCAUGUUACAUCCAUAUCUGUAUUUAUAUCUUAUUUGUUUCACUUUUGAGUGUAUCAUGGCAAUUGUACAGAUGUUUUUUGUUAACAUUUACGUGAUAGAAUUUGCUAAAAAAAAAAAAUUAAAAUAAAACCUUUUGAGUUUGCCCUAGA